UAAUGAUCCAAUGUAAUGAGAUGCCUCAGCAAGUAUAGCACAAGAAACCAAGACAAAAUGGCGGAAGGAGAUGGUGGCUUUUGGUUUACAGAGCUUUCUUCCAUGUCGAAACAAGCUUUUCGACAAUGCGUAGCAAAAUGGGAGUCCUUAGAAAACAAGUACAAAGAGCACAUGUUGAAAAAUCCCGACUUUGCCUCGAAAAUAGAAUCCUUUCUUCGACUUCUGUCGUAUGUUUUACCAGGUCGUUUUGGAACAUCAGAAGCUCUAGCAGAACUAGUUUACUCGGCAUCACAACUGCUUACGCUAAUGCACGAUGGCGUUUUUAGACAAGGGAAAGGUAUUCGCAUCUAUAACAGCGUCAAAGAUGGUAGCAAACUUGUGCUUUUGUUGACCGUUGUGGAGUAUCUUGAAGUGUUCAUAGAGCUUGGUGCUGAACGUGUUCUUGGUGAAGCUGGCAAGUGGGUGAUUGUUAUUGUCAUACAGAUCUUCAAGGCUGCACUUAGGUUUUUCCUUUUGUUUCGAUACAAGUCGGGGAUACAGUGUUCUCCACUUAUACCGCCAUUAGACCGUUCAGAAAUACUGAAAAACAAAAAAGAUGGCAAUGAAGAAGAGAGUACUUCUAUUGAUGAGACAAAUGGCUCUAAUGRCAAAAGUCAGACACCAACUCCAGUAUGGGAAGGGAUGAGGACCAGGCGUAAGAUGAGAACCCUUACAGCUGUACCUACUGAUGGCUUUCGCACAUGGUCGCUACCACCUUUAACACAAGACAAAAGCAAAGACAAUCAACCAUGUGUUCCUACAGAACUCUCAUCKAAAAGACUGCUUGGGGAAAGCCUGUACAUAUCAAGACCCUUGAUCCAUCUAAGUAGUAUGUUCAUGUUUGGAGAAAAGUCAUGGAAACCUUGGAUGCUUUCUUGUGCGACAGAUGUUUCAUCCUUGGUCUUGCUUGGCGAUUCCUCAGAUUUGAAUGUGGUGGAGAAAGCAGAAAUUUCAAGGAGGUCUUUCCUUCUGCUGUUUUAUCUCUUGAGAUCUCCAUUUUAUGACAGAUACUCCAAGACAAGAGUGAUCAGUAUGCUGAGAUACCUAAGUAACACUAUUCCUGGAGUUUCAUUAGUACUUACUCCACUCCUGGAAUAUCUACCAACAUGGCAGAAGAUAUAUUUCUAUAAUUGGUCAACAUAAAUUGCAAGAAAGGAAAUGCUUGUUUAAAAUGUUGUAGAAAUGUGUACCCCUCCUGCCAUAGGGAAUAUUUUGUAACUUUUAGCAGGUACUCUCAAGAUGACAUAAUUUUGGUAAAUUAGAGAGCUUAAUGGUUGUUGGACAAUAUUAUUAGUCCUUGUCUUGCCAAUUACARUUUUUUUGCCAAGAAUGGCCAGUCAUCGCCAUGGGCUGACCAGCCAGAUGUGACAGCCAUUUCAUUUAGUCCUAAGAUAGGAUUCAAUAAGCAUGUUUCCAGUGUGGSAAUAUUAUGUAAGCCUUUGCAAGUUUUACCAAGAGACCAUAACUUUUAAGGAAUGGAGAUUAUCCCAAAUUUCCCCCCUUAUUGUGUAGUCCCAAAAAUUAUCCAUACCCACCCCACAGAGGAAUUUGGAAUUUCCGAAGAGUAGGGGGGUCAGGGGGGGGGGAUGGAUAAUUUCUGGAACUACAUAUUGGGAAAGUCCCUCUCUUUCCAUUAUGGUCUCUUGGUUUUACAGUAGAAAUUGUUAAAAGUUACAGCUAUCUAAGAUAAGCUAUCUAAGAUAAGAUUGAAGGGGUUAAUUGUUAAUAGUGAUUAGCGAUUUCACAACUGAAAGGAUAUGUGGGCAUACAUCUAGACAUAAACAAUCAAGGUGUUUUUGAUGCAUUUGUAAUAUUUUAACUGCUACUUCAAACCUAAAUUAACUGUUUUUGAGCUUUUGACCUAAGGGGUCUUCAGGACUAUUGAAAUAUUCCUUGUAAGUGGUUUCUUUGACUACUACAAACACUAAAUACAUGUAUCUCGAAAACAUCCUCUGUGUUAUUGACCAGAACRACAAGAAACACCAGUAAUUCCACCUAGUUUUUAAAUUUGAUUUUAUGAAAGAAUACAAAUACAACUGAAUAGUUUACAGUAGCUUACACUAUUAUUACAUUUAUAUCAUUACAUUAUGGAUCUAUUAUUGCAACAAAACCAAUUAUUUACCACUAAAUUUACCACUGUAGUUUAUCACAGGUUUUUACAGUGAUAUGUCCCAUUUUCUUAGAGAAGAUAUGUGUUUGAUAGUGAUAAUAAUAAUAUUAAAAAUAAUAAUAAACAUGUGUCUUAUAGGGGGAAGAUAUGUGUUCAAUAAUAAUAGUAAUAAUAAUAAUAAUAAUGAUAAUGAUAAUAACAAAAACAAGAAUAAUAAUAAACAUUUGUUUUUUUUUUUGUGCCUAAUAAUACAAUGCAGACCAUAGGUCACAUAUUAGAUAGUGAACAUGAUGCACACAGACAAUUUAUUGGUGCAAAUAUAAUCAGAUUAUCAUAAAAUGAACAGAGUGCUCCAUGUUUAAUAUAUGUUCCUAUCAGUAGAUGCCAUUUCUAGUCUUGUAGAAUUUUUUGUAUCAUCAAUAACAAACUACACAAGAUUUAUUCAGGUAUUGGAUACCAAGCAAAUUAUACAUUCUUGUUGAUAGCAUAAAACUUGCAGUAUUUGCCUGUCACCAGUAUAAGGGAUAGUUAUGCGAUUCAUACAUAGGUAAUUCGGGUUGGUAAAGAUUAUGCUGCAUGUUUGCUUCUUUGUUGCAAAAGCUUUAAUUAAAUGCACUAUGGRCGA